AUGCCAGCUACAACAACAGACUUUGUCCAAUUGAAAACUUGGUUGGAGGGUGGAAAGAAGGCUAAUAUCAUCAAGGCCCUCGAGACACUUCAGGCUUACUUGAUUCAACAAGGUGAUGCUAGAGCAGCUAGAGAAAGAGUGCAAACAUUAACAACAAAUAUUCCGAUUCAAAGCUUUUUGCCAUGUUUUGACACAAAAUCACUUGAACAGUUACAAUUGAUAGUAUUUGUUUUUGGGAAAAUUAUGGAAGAAACCGAUGUUAAUCAAGCUUUGUUGGUUGAUCCGAUUGUUGGACAAUUUCUUGCACAGGGAUACAAGCAUCCAUUCGAAAUUGUUAGACGAUUGACCAUUAAUCAAGUUGCUAGAUGUACUUUACAAACAUUGAUGGCUAAUCCUGAAUUGUUUUUGGAUAUUUUGUAUAGUGGAAUGUUGGAUCCUGAAAUUUCUGUGGAAAAAGUUGCUGUAAAAAUCAUCACAAACAUUGCGUCGACAUUGGAUGGCAUAGAUGCAAUUUUCUACAAGCACAAAGCUUUAUUGGUUGAUAAAUUAUUGGGUGAAUUGCCAAAAUCUGGAAAUGAAAUUAAUAGAUUUAGAGUGUAUGAAUUAAUGACAACUUUAUGUGGACUGUCCCAAGAAGCUUUCGAUGCUGUUUCUAAUAUUGGUCUUUUCAAAUUGUUCAAUAACGAUUUUAAGAAUUCAAAGGAUGAUAUUUUGUCAAUUUUAAACUUUUUGGAAAUUUUCAAAGCCCUUUGCCUUCAAAGCUUCAAGAAACAAGGAGCCAAUUCUUUGAAAGAAGAGGGAUCAUUUGAUUUAUUAAUGGCUAUUCUCAAUGACAACCAAGAGGAUCAACUCACCUAUACAUUUAUUCUCAAUUUGAUUGCUGAUAUUUCAGAUGCUGCAGAAAAUUUAUUCUUUGGAGAAGAAUCCAAAUUGUCAGUGCCACCAUCAAUCAUUUUGAAACUCUUUAAUGAAGAUCUUUCGAAUACAUUCAAUAAGGAAUCUCAAAUAGUAGCCAUUUCAGUAAUUGGCGCUUUGUGUAAAUCAUCGGUAAAGAAUUUGGACUUUAUUCUCCUUGGAGAUGAGGAAAAACUUUCAAAAUAUCUGGUUUUCUAUGCCGAUUCCAUCAACGACCAAAUUGCUCAAGCAUUCUACCACUCACUAGGCUCUAUCCUCGAAUCACCUAGAAUUGACGAUGAGAGAGCUGAAAAGAUUGUCAACGUACUCGAGUCCAUGUUAAAGAAGAGAAUUGAACCAAGUAUCACAAAACCUUCUAACAGUUACAUUAUGAACUAUGCCAUGUAUAAUUUGAGAGCUCCAUUCUCUGAUGUGAGAUGUGCCAUCUAUCACUUUUUGAAAGGCUUGUGCUCAAGAAUCAAUCUUGUGAAGAAUCAUGUUAAUGCACAUAGCGAAUUCUUUGAUUACAUUAUCGAUAGAAAUACAGAACCUAAUAAGGAGACCAAAGAAUGGAAAUUUAAUACCAUUGAAGUUUUACACAAGACAAUUCAAACUCAUCCACAUGCUUCAGGAGUUGAUGCUAAACAUAUCAUUAAUCUCAAGACUUAUCUGUUGAGAGGUGCCUACAUCGGUGAUAAGAAAGAGGUUCAAGCAAUUGUUGCCACUGAAUCCUUUGAAUAA